UGGUUCUCGAGGCAUUGCAACAGUCUCUUGGUUCAAACCAAUGCGAAAGGUGGGGGAGUCUUUUCACGUGCGAUUGCGUCAAAACGUUUAUUUCAGACAUCCAGACUAAACAUGACACGGGUUGCAUAGCAUUUAAUUGCAGCACCAACUUGAGCAAACCAAACAGCAAUGUUACUUAAACAAUAAAAGGACCCGUUUUACUUCAGCGCAGUCUUGUCCCACCUCUGUGCUUUAGUGGUGUUUACCGAGGAGUCUGCAGGGCAAAUUAACAUGCAUUUCAUUAAGGAGAUCUAAGUUGAGCCGGGGCGGAAGCGAGUGAUGGUAAUUUGCCAUAAUUAAAUGAGGCUACCGAUUUCUGUGUUGUUAUUAGUAGUUAAAUGCUACAAUUACACGGACGUUUAUUUAAAAUAGCGGGAAAACACCAGCAAGGCUCACUAAAACAUCUCAAACCACCCAGUCCUUCCUGUUUGUCCCUUGCUCAGUGGUCUUCAGUCAGUGGGAACCCCCACGUUCAUUUCAGCCUUCAGUACGGGUCAGGAAUAAAACUGGAAUAAAAUGCAAUUUUAUAUUCAACCCUUCUCUUGUUUAGUUGGAGUUUCACGAUCUAAACAAAUUGCUGAAUGCCUUAUAUCGCUGAUAUAGGACCAGUUUCGUGGUUUAUUUUAUAGUGGCAGUGGUUUGUCGAUGCUUACUUUAAUUAAAAAAAUCAAAGAAGCGAGUGAUCUGAAUGAGUGCAAAACUGCAACUUUUCUGACGGGAGAAACCAGAAAUGCGAAAUCGUAGCGCUGGAUGGACCGUCAUGAAUGUGAGCUUGAACGCUGGCGGUCACGUGGUGCACCACUAGGUCACGUGAGUAGAGGAAGAUGCCUGCUGGGAUCAGCAUUUUCACACUGUCCGCUCUGUGUUUAUUUUAUGUUUUAUUCAUUUUUUCCAGUGUACACGUCCGUUCCCAGCACAUCGAUUCUCAUGUACGAUUACAAGAGUUAUGUUACAUGUGCGGAAGAGCGGUGCAGACUGGCAGUGCUGUGUGGAAUCUCUGCCUCACAGCAGGCCGGAUAGAGGGCCGAUGCUGCUUUAGGAAUAACAGCAGUGAGGAGAACAACAUUUUUGGGUUGGAUCUAUCAAAUUGUUCUCUGAGUCAUAUAGAGGACCUCUAUGAAGCAUCUGCAGCGGUUAUGAUAGAUCUUUCCAGCAACCCUAUUUCCAAUCUGAGUGAUUUUUUAUUUCAAGGUUUUAAUCGUCUGACUCAUCUUAUACUGCCCAUAAAGCUGGAGUGUCCAGGGGGCAACACAUCAUGGGACAAAGUGAUGGUUAAAAGGGACACUCGAACCUGUGAAGGACAGAGGAAUGCUUGCAAUGGGACAGGACAGAUGUCCUGGGAUUGCCCUGAGAACUCUUUCUGCAAGCCUUAUGGACCAGGAUUCUUUGAGUGCAGCUGUGCCCAUACCUUCCAUGGGUAUAAAUGCUUAAGAGAGGGCCAGUUUCCUAUGCUGGAAGUCAUGGCAAUACUGGGUGGGUCCACAGUUGUCCUUUCUGCGUUAUUAUGGGUCACCCAAAGAAGAAAAGCCAAAGGCAUCUGAGCUCUGGCUUCCUAACUGACAAAAAGUGGUAGACAACACUGAACAAAACACAAAUGAUUAUUUUAUGGCAAAAUGCAUUGAAUGCAAAGUUUACUAUUUUGAAGUUUUCUUUUCUUGCAUUGGCAAGGGUGCUUAAGAUUUACAUUUUUCUAUUUUCUUUUGCACUGAGCAAAGAAUCAGGCUGGGAAGCUCAAUGAUGCAUCAUUCAGAUGCUGUUGAAUGUCACAGAAAAAUCUUUUAUCAGUGACAUGCAGGUUACAUGACCUUCCCAGGUAUUGUGUUGAUGAACACACUGAGAAGCAGCUACUGUUUGGUUAUGCUUUUGUAUCGCAACAGAACAGAUCUACGAAAUCAUUGUAGCACUGCAGUAUUGUCCAAGGGUUUAAUACCAGACUGUACAGUUACUUUGUUUUUAUUUUGCACACAAUGGAAAAAAGGUCACUUUUUUAUUACAUUUGUUAUUUUUCAGGGUUUUUUUUUUGACGAGUUGUAGACAAUACAUAUGUCUACGUUUAUAUGGUACUUGUUAUACAAAAACCUAUAUAUGUGAUUUGAGAACCUGUUCUGUUAUUGCCAAAUAUGUUUACAGUUCCCUGACAGUCACUGGAUGCCCAGUGUUUGAGUAUUAUUUUAAAAUUUGCAUCAGACUGUUUGAGAAUUUUGCACAGACAGUAGAUAUAGACCAAGCAAAAAAAAAUAGUAAACGGUAAAUAAAGGGAAAUAAUGAAUGACAAAAAAAAAACACAGGACUCUUCAUAGUGUAAAUAGUGUGUGUGGUAUGCAGCUGACAAAUAUUUGGCCUCAGCAGUUAUGGCUUUUCACUGUAAAACACUGCAAUGAACAUAAGUAUAAAGGCUAAAACCUAUUGAACAAUGUCUUGAAAUAAAUGUUAAGAAUUAUAUAACGAUUGUUUUUCUUUCAGAUUUCCUUGUAACUUAGAUUGGAUCCAAUUCAUUGUAAAUAAAUAUUUUAUUCAAGGUGUGAAAACAAAUCUUAGUGACAUUUACUUUGACAUGUACAGUGCUACGAAAAAGUUUUUGCCCCUCACCCAAUUUCUCUUGAUUAUGCUAAUUUGUCACAUUUAAAUGUUUUAGAUCCAGCUAUUUUAAUAUAAAUACAAAAUGAGUAAACACUAAAUGCAGCUUUUAAAUAAUCAUUCCAUUUAUUGAAAAUAAAGAUUUACUCAAAAUCUGUGUCAGUCAUGUGAAAAAAGUAAUUGCCCCUUAAACCUAAUAACUGGUUGUGCCACCCUUGGCAGUAACAACUGCAAUCAGACGUUUGCAAUAAUUUGUGAUAGGUCUUUUACAUUGCUGUGGAGGAAUUUGGGCGCACUCUUCUUUGCGGAAUUGUUUAAAUUCAGCCACAUUGGAGGGUUUUCAAGCAUGAGCUGCCCAUUUAAGGUCUUGCCGCAGCAUCUCAAUGAGAUUCAAGUCACGACUUUUAACUCAGCCACUCCAAAACCUUAUUUUUAAUUUUUUUUUUGAGCCAUUCAGGGGUGGACUAGAUUGUGUCAUGAACUGAUGGCAGGCAUUUUUCUUCAGGAUUUUCUGAUAGAGAGCAGAAUUCAGGGUUCCAUCAAUUAUCACAAGUUGUCCAGGUCCUGUAGAAGCAAAGCAGCCCUUGACCAUCACACUACCACCACGUUUGACUGCUGAUGUGAUGUUCUUAUGGUGGAAUGCCGUGUUAGCUUUAUGCCAGAUGUAACGGGACCCAUGUCUUCCAAGAUGUUCCACCUUUGACUCCUCAGUCCACAGAAUAUUAUCCCAAAAUCUUGGAGGUCAUCUAGCUGUUUUUGGCAAACACAAGACAAGCCUUUUUGUUUUAUUUGGUCAGUGGUGGUUUGUGCCUUGGAUGCCAUUUUUGCCCAGUGUCAUUCUUAUUGUGGAAUCACGUACAUUGACCUUAACCGAGGCAAGUGAAGCCUGCAGAUGUUUGUCUGGGUUCUUUUAUGAUGAGUUGUUGAUGUGCUUGAGGUGAAAUUUUGGUAGGCCAGCCACUCCUGGGAAGGUUCAUCACUGUUCCAAGUGUUCUUCAUUUGUGGAUAAUGGCUCUCACUGUGGUUCGCUGGAGUCCCAGAGCCUUAGCAAUGGCUUUGUAACCUUUUCCAGACUGGCAGGUUUCAACAACUGUUUCACAGCUGUAUGUGAAUCUCUUUAGAAUGUGGCAUCAUGUGCUGCUUUUAGAGACCUUCUAGCUGCUUCAUAUUGCCAGACAGGUUCUAUUUAAGUGAUGUUUAGAUUCAACAGGUCUGUCAGUAACCAUGCCUGGGUGUGUCUAGUGAAAUCGAACCCAACAGUCAACUGAGUUUGAUUAACUGGAUGAUUUAGUAGCUAAGAUUACCUUUUCACGUAGGGUCAAACAGCAUUUUUCCUUCAAUAAAUGAAAUCAUUUAAAACAAACACUUGUAUUUGCUUGGGGAAUCUUUGUCUAAUAUGAAAAGAAGUUUGAUGAUCUGAAGCAUGUCACAAAUAUGCAAAUUGGGAAGGAAACAAAUAAUUUUCCAGCACUGUAUGUGACAUUUUUGAACUGUGACUUAAAUGUUAAUGUUUUGGCCCAAUUUAGAACUAUAUAUUCCACAUGUACACCUCUGAAACUCAGACUGCAUUAUAACAUGCUUUAAUUAAAAUCACAGGCUUUAAGUUAAUGCCUUCGAACUUCCUGCACUAAGAAAUAUCCCGCUAAUUGCAUUAUUAAAUCCACAAACUUUUCAAAUUUUCUGCAUAAUUCAGUUGUUGUUGUUGUAUAAAUAGAAUCAUUCGGUGUUGGUGUGAAAUGAUGCAUAGUAAUGUACCAGUUCUAAUUUCUUUACAGUGGUGAUGAUAGUAGUAAGGGGGUUGCAAGGUCUACAACACAAAUAUUUACUAGUGAAUAAAUAUUUACAAGAAGUAAUUUACAAUUCAAAACAACCAGUAAACCUACAAGUGUCUUCUGAGUUUGUAGAUGUUAUGUGGAUAAUGGUAAAAUCUAAAAAGGGAAAUUUUCUUCAGGGACUAUUUUACCUUCAUACAUCCUACAUGUAUCUUAAUGUGUUUUAAAACAUGUUUUGGGAGAAAGCGUAAUCUCAAAAAUUGCAUUAAUAAAGUUGUUAAUAAAGCGUUAAA